CAAAAUUAUAUAAGACAUCUAUCUUAUAUGCUUAAUACAUCUUCAUAUGAGAUAUUUAAUGAGAGAAGUACCAAAACCAAUAUAUCUAAUAAUGACUAUAUUAAUAUUGAGUUAGAUGACAAGAUGUUAAGUGAAAAAGACAAAGGUGUUUUGUCAAGUGAGAAUGGUUUGCUAAAUGAUAAUGAUAUGUUUACUGAAAAUGAUGUAUUAAGCAAAGAUGAUUUGUUAAAUAAAGAUAACAUGAUAAGAGAGGAUUUGGAUAGAGAAGUAGUUGAUAAGCUUUUAAGCAAUAAAAAAAUGGCAUAUAUUAAUUGA